AUGUGUAAGCAAGUCAGACAACAGAAACUAUCGGAACUGACGGCGAUUCGGGAUGCCGAGAGUGCCUCGAUGCCGUCUGCAUGGCUCGGUUACGCCGUCGGGUCAUUCGACCCACCCGGAUCUGAGAGUCCAACGCCGAGACGGGAAGCCGUGGAUGUUGCGAGCAAUGAUAGCCCUAUCGACAAGGAUGUGGCCCUAGCGUAG